GACUGAGAUGGCUCUCUUGAGUCUCGACUACCGGCUUCUUGACAUUACUUGUAGUGUGGCAAAAAGUGAAAAACAUUCUCAGGAAAAUGGCGGUUCCCACUGUUGUGUCAUUGAUGCUGUCCUCUGUGGCGUGUGUCUUGAUAUUUUCUGGAAUGCAAAUCUAUAAACCCUUCCUGGCUUCCACGAAAGCCACGACCCUCCUGGGUGGAUUCGUUGGAUCCUGGCUCUUCAUUCUCUCCCUCACAGCCAUAUCAAACCUAGAAGCUCUUCUCAUGGGUCGUGGAUUCCAAGCAAAACUCUUCCCCGAAGUAGCAUUCUGCCUGGCAAGUGCCCUGAUUGCAUCCGGAAUGGUUCACAGGGUGUGUGCUACAACAUGCAUAAUCUUUUCACUUGUGGCACUUUACUACAUCAAUAGAAUUUCACAGAAAGUGCACAAUUCCACCAUGACGAAUACAGCGGAAGCAGUUCAUUCCAAGAAGAAGAAAAAGUAAAAUAAUUCAUAAAUUUUUCACAUUAAUUAAUGCUGGCAAAUAAAUUACGUGCCUGGCACAAAAAUAAAAGCAUAGGAUGUGUGAGCAUUUAAUAAA